GCCGGCCUAUCACGCCUAUCACCGUACUUCUGAAGAACCCGGAAGUUGAGUAAAGGCGAACCACAGUGAAAGGUGUCCGCGAGUGCCUCAAGCGGAGCAAGAAGGUGAACAAGAUUAGUAGGGAUUCACGGCUGCAACAACGCUGGAAUAUAAAAAUGGGUAACAGUGACUCUAAAUUGAACUUCAGGAAAGCAGUGAUACAACUGACAACAAAAACACAGCCAGUAGAGGCCACAGACGAUGCGUUCUGGGACCAGUUCUGGGCAGACACUGCCACCACUGUACAGGAUGUUUUUGCCCUGGUGCCAGCAGCAGAGAUCCGAGCAGUCCGGGAAGAGUCCCCGUCCAAUCUGGCAACUCUCUGCUAUAAGGCCGUAGAGAAACUGGUGCAGGCAGCGGAGUCAGGAUGCUCCUCGGAGAAAGAGAAACAGAUCGUUCUGAACUGCAGUCGAAUGCUGACCCGCAUCCUGCCUUACAUCUUCGAGGAUCAAGAUUGGAGGGGCUUCUUCUGGUCCACCGUGCCGGGUGCUGGAAGAGCUGGCACGGAUGAGAUGGAUGACGAUGAAGGAGCUCGUCCGCUGGCUGAAUCUCUCCUCCUGGCCAUCGCCGACCUGCUCUUCUGUCCCGACUUCACUGUGCACAGCCACCGAAGAGGGCCAGACGCGGCGGAGGACAUGCAGACCAUAGACAGCUGUGAGUACAUCUGGGAGGCUGGGGUGGGGUUUGCCCAGUCGCCCCCGCUCAACUAUAUCCACGACCUCAACAGGACGGAGCUGCUGAGGCUGCUGCUGACGUGUUUCUCCGAGGCCAUGUACCUCCCGCCCACUUCGGAUAACAACAUCCUCAACCCGUGGGUCACCUUUUUCUGCUCCACGGAAAACAGGCACGCCUUGCCGCUCUUCACCUCCCUGGUUAACGUGGUGUGCGCCUACGACCCGGUCGGCUACGGCAUCCCGUACAACCACCUGCUCUUCUCCGACUACCGCGAGCAGCUCGUGGAGCAGGCCGUGCAGAUCCUCAUCGUCAGCCUGGAGCAUGAGGGAGGUGGGGCUGCCCAACGACCCCCAUCGCCCUCCUGCAUGGAGGACCAGGAUUGUGUUGGCCCCGACAACCUGUUUGUCAACUACCUUUCGAGGAUUCACAGGGAGGAGGACUAUGACUUUGUGUUGAAGGGACUGGCUCGCCUGUUAGUAAACCCUCUCAUGCAGACCUACCUACCCAACUCCACCAAGAAGAUCCAGUUCCACCAGGAGCUGUUGGUGCUCUUCUGGAAGCUCUGUGACUUCAAUAAGAAGUUCCUGUUCUUUGUAUUGAAGAGCAGUGAUGUGCUGGACAUACUGGUCCCUAUACUCUUCUACCUGAACGAUGCCCGGGCCGAUCAGUCCCGCGUUGGCCUCAUGCACAUUGGUGUCUUCAUCCUGCUACUUCUGAGUGGAGAGCGGAACUUCGGCGUGCGUCUCAACAAGCCCUACUCGGUCCACGUGCCCAUGGACAUCCCGGUGUUCACGGGAACCCACGCCGACCUGCUGAUAGUGGUUUUCCACAAGAUUAUCACCAGCGGUCACCAGCGUCUACAACCUCUAUUUGACUGUUUGCUCACCAUUGUAGUGAAUGUGUCUCCCUACCUGAAGAGCAUCUCCAUGGUGGCCGCCAACAAGCUGCUCCACCUCCUGGAGGCAUUCUCCACCCACUGGUUCCUCUUUUCCGCCUCUCAGAACCACCAUCUUGUCUUCUUCCUGCUCGAGGCCUUUAACAACAUCAUCCAGUACCAGUUUGACGGCAACUGCAACCUAGUCUACGCCAUUAUCCGCAAACGCAACGUGUUCCACCAGCUGGCCAACCUGCAGUCGGACCCUGUCUCCAUCCAGAAGGCCCUGCAGAGGAAGAAGAAGUCGCCGGACGCUAUCACCGGCAUCUCCCGGACCAGCUCCCAGGAAACGGUGUCCAUGGAGGGCUCCCGUCCGGCCGUCCCCGCUGAGCCAGGAACACUGAAGACCAGCCUGGUCGCUAUACCAGCCAUCGACAAGCUGACAGAGAAGUCCCAGGUGUCUGAGGACGGAACCAUGGUCACCGUGUCUAAGAUGGACUCUCUGUGCGCCUCCCAUCCGGGCCCCCAGACGGAGCAGAGCUCCGCGGCAGGGGCCAGCGACACGGAGUCCGUGUCGGGACGGGACAACGAGGAUGUUUUCUACACCGAGGCAGAGAUGGAGAGGAGGCGCAUGUCCAAUGCGUCGUCCACCAUUUCCUGUAACUCGCAGUCGCACUGGGUCCCCACGCCAGACUGGGUCCUGUCCUGGAAGUGUAAGCUACCUCUACAGACCAUAAUGCGUUUGCUGCAAGUCCUGGUCCCUCAGGUUGAGAAGAUAUGCAUCGACAAGGGCUUGACAGAUGAGUCUGAGAUCCUGAAGUUCCUCCAGCACGGCACCCUGGUGGGACUCCUUCCUGUCCCGCAUCCCAUCCUCAUCAGGAAGUACCAGGCCAAUGCUGGCACGGCUAUGUGGUUCCGCACCUACAUGUGGGGAGUUGUCUACCUGCGCAAUGUGGACCCGCCCAUCUGGUAUGAUACGGACGUACGUCUCUUUGAGAUCCAAAAGAUGUAGACAAUAGGAAUGUGUUGACUGAAGAGAGGACUGCUUCCUGUGCAGUUCUCACUAUUCCUCCUCUCAACCAUCAACUUCGACGCGCCUCAUCAACAUCAACAUCACGCUUGUCUCUCGCACCUCAUCUUCGACGUUCCCUGGACUGUACAAACAAGAUGUGGGCCGUGCUGAAAGAGGGGGCGUCGCUGUCCCUACUCUGAAAGCAGGAUGUUGAGUUGAACCAGGUUCGGAUUACCGCGGGGGCAUAGCAGGAUAGGGUUUCCGCCCUGGCCCCCACCACUGUACCACAGAUGUACGAAAUGUUACCAACGAAGAGUCAAUAUGCAAUUCAAAACCCAGGAGUUGGCUGCGGGCAGGGUUGUAACAUGAUGGAUACCAUUGCUGCCAUACCCAUUUCCAGCACAUCCUGUAGGUUUUUUCCUCCAGCCGCAGUUAUUAACCAGAUUUAGCUUUUCAUCUAAUUAUACAAAUCAGGUUUCCAGGGUUGGGAAGAAAACCUGCAGGACAGUUGCUCUUUGAGGACAGGGAUGAGCAGCACUGGUCUGUACUGCGGUGUCUCUGAAAUGUCUGAUUGCUCAAGACAUCAAAAUGGCUGUCAAAACAAUGACACAGUGUGUUAACUUGCAAGCAAACAGUUUCCCACCACCAAACACUACUUUGAUGGAGAGAGAAUCCAUUGAAAUUAGCCAAAUUAAUCAAUUGCUUUUUUCAGUGUUAUUCUAUAAGCUUUAGUAAAUUGAGCACUCAACAAACUUUCCCAAAAGUAAGACAUAUUUGAAAAAGCUUUGUUGAGUAAAAUGACAAAUUCAAGGUUACCUUUGCAAGGCGACCCUGAAUUUGGUUCAGCUUUAUGCCCCAAUGUUGAACAAACUCAUCCUAUUGAAGCAGGCAGUUGCCUUAUGUGGAAACAGCAAAUUGAAAAAUGUGAAUAGAUUUUGUUUUUGCAAGAACAUUGAUUGGUUGAUUAAUCAUGUACUACACGAACAUAAAUACCAUACCUGUAUUUUUUCAAGACUUUUCCAAUCUGUUAGUAGUAAGCCUUUGCAACCACUACUGAGAUGGCUAUUAGAUAUCCUCACUUGGGAAAAGCCCUUUUGAACAGGGAACACUUAAGCAAAUCAAGUGAUCAUCUUUGCGAUUUGGUUUCCAACAGUUACCCUUAAACGCCUGUGGUAAAAGAAGUGUUUGUUUGGGAAUGAGCUUUCACUAGACUCCAGUAGGAAUUACACAUCACAUAAAAGUAGUUUAACCAGCUUGCGAUUGGAUUGUAAGUUUACUCAGUGGUGUAGAGUUGGAACGUAAUAGUGUUGAGAUGGAACGUAAUGGUGCAGAGAUGCAUUCACGGUAUAAGUGUGAGGCAACCAGCAGCGAUAGAUAGGAUUGUGAGUUUGCUAAACAUUUAUUCAAGAAAAGUGGAACAAACAAACAAUCCUAUUGCAGCUGUUUGAUCUUUAGUAUAUUUUCCAAUUGGCCGGGGAGUUAAUCAUUUAAAACUUUAUUACAGUAUAACCUUGAUGAAUAAGGCAUCAUGUAAGUUCAUACAUGUUUCUACAUUAUUUUAAAUGUUAUAAAUGUGUAAAUAUUGUAAUGCUUAUAUGUGAUUUGUUUUUAAUUUGUAUUCAGUUCAUUAUUGCUUAUUCAUUAAAGGUAUUAUGAAGUGUAGCAGCGAAAUCAAAAUUGCGCUUCUAGGUGGACAGCUGUAAAAUAUUAUCGGAUGGCAUUGCUAUAACAAUUGAAUUGUUAUUGAUGAACACAUCAAAGUGAGAUUGUGUCAUGCUGUGAAUUUGCACUCCUCCAAUGAGACCGUUCUGCUACUGUAUGUUCUUUGUAAAGUGGCAAUGUAUCUUGUCAGGAAUUUGCAAAUGAACACUUGCCUAUUCACGAUAGAAAUAAUAUAUAAACUCACUUUGUGUUACUGGGUGAAAGUAUAUGUCAAUAGCUAACAUCUUUACAUUUAUAUAGCUUUAUUUUGUCCGCAUAUAAAUUCAGCGAUCAGCAGGGUCGACUGUAUAUAUUGUGCUUAAUGUUUAAAGUAGUAUUUUUUCUUGACUUAUAUGGAAUAAUGAUAUAUUAUAAACAAUUCCUAAAGCAA